AGCGAGUUCGGCUCCCUCGCUCCCGCCGCUAGGUACGGCCCGGUCCAGCCAGCAUGUCCAUCCACUUAAGCUCCCAGCUCUUCAGCUCGCGCUCCGCCGCCUUCCCCGGCCGCGGCGCCCAGGUGCGCCUGAGCUCGGUGCGCCCGGGCGGCGGCUUCAGCAGUCGCAGCCUCUAUGGCCUGGGCGCCACACGGCCGCGGGUGGCCGUGCGCUCCACCCUCGGAGCCCCGGUGGGCGCCGGCAUCCGCGAGGUCACCAUCAAUCAGAGCCUGCUGGCCCCGCUGCAGGUGGACAUCGACCCCUCCAUCCAGCAGGUGCGCAAGGAGGAGCGUGAGCAGAUCAAGACCCUCAACAACAAAUUCGCCUCCUUCAUUGACAAGGUACAGUUUCUAGAGCAGCAGAACAAGCUGCUGGAGACCAAAUGGACCCUGCUGCAGGAGCAGAGAUCGGCCAAGAGCAGCAGCAUCCCCAGCCUCUUUGAGGCCCACAUUGCUGGCCUGCGGCGGCAGCUAGAGGGGCUGCAGCAGGAAGGGUGCCGCCUGGAGGUGGAGCUUCGGAACAUGCAGGACGUCGUGGAAGACUUCAAGAACAAGUACGAAGAUGAAAUUAACCGUCGCACGGCUGCUGAGAAUGAGUUCGUGGUGCUGAAAAAGGAUGUGGACACUGCCUAUAUGAACAAGGUGGAGUUGGAGGCCAAGUUGGAUGCCCUGAAUGAUGAGAUCAACUUCUUCAAGACCCUCUAUGAGACGGAGUUGGCAGAGCUGCAGUCCCAGAUCUCGGACACGUCUGUGGUGCUGUCCAUGGACAACAGCCGCUCCCUGGACCUGGACGGCAUCAUCGCCGAGGUCAAGGCCCAGUACGAGGACAUCGCCAGCCGCAGUCGGGCUGAGGCUGAGUCCUGGUACCAGACCAAGUUUGAGACCCUCCAGACCCAGGCUGGGAAGCACAGGGACGACCUCCGGAAUACCCGGAACGAGAUUGCAGAGACGAACCGUGCCAUCCAGAGGCUGCAGGCUGAGGUCGACAACAUCAAGAACCAGUGUGCCAAGUUGGAGGCUGCCAUUGCAGAGGCCGAAGAACAGGGGGAGCUAGCCCUCAAGGAUGCGCGGGCCAAGCUGGAUGAGCUGGAGGCCGCCCUGCAGCGAGCCAAGCAGGACAUGGCACGGCAGCUGCGCGAGUACCAGGAGCUCAUGAACGUCAAGCUGGCCCUGGACAUCGAGAUCGCCACCUACCGCAAGCUGCUGGAGGGCGAGGAGAGCCGGUUGGCUGGAGAUGGAGCAGCAGCUGUGAACAUUGCUGUGGUGAAUUCCACCGGCGGAGGUGGCAGCGGGCUGGUGGGGCUGGCCUUCGGAGGAACCAUGGGUAGCAAUGCCCUGAGCUUCUCGAGUGGUGGGGUGCCCGGGGCCAUCAAGUCCUAUUCCACCAGGACCUCCACCACCACCCACAGGAGCAUCCGAAAAUGAGCUCUGAUGUGUGGAGACCCAUAGCCCUGCCCUGCAGGGUCACAGGAGGACUUCCAUCACUGGUCCCAAGAGGGCUAGGCCAUCUCAAAAGUGAUGUCAGAAUAGCUUCCAAUAAAGCAGCCUUUCUGAA